AUGAGCGCCUUCAUUUUCUUUGCGCGCCGAUUCGCGAUCUUCAGGAACUCGAUCAACAUGCUCGACAAGCUCAAACUCGAGCUCGUGCCGGCCGCCGGUGACAAGCUCGUGCUCAAGCUCUCUCCUCCGCCGCCGCCGCUUGCUGACAAGAAGGCGUGUGCUUGCGCGCACGUGACAAUGCGCUCCCACCUGCAAGACGAGGUCACCGGCGUCAUCAAGAACGACCCGGCGCUCAAGCCGUUCAUCAAGAUCGACACGGCUCUCAAGCAGGCGGCGGUUUGCGGCGAGACGCUGCCGUCGGGCAUCGACGAGUGGGCUCUCAAGCCGGGCGACGACGGCUGGACCGUCUCGGCCAAGGAGUUUCCAAAGGAGAAGCCCGCCCCGGCGGCGAGCGCCGCAUUCUGUGCCGGCGAGCCCGACUGGAUCGCCUCGAACUCGCGCAACAAGACGGAGCGCAAGGGCGAGGUCAAGUCCACGAAGGUCUCCAACAAGUACGAUCUGCUCGACGACGUCGAGACGAACGUCAAGGCGGAGCUCGACGAGGACGAGGACGAGCAAGAGAAGGGCGCCGACCGUGUAGACCCACCUUUGCUUGACCACACGUCGCGCGCGUCGCAGUGCGAGUCUGCCUCGCCCGAGUCUGUCUCGCCCGAGCCGUCAUCGACGCCAUUCGGCUUCGGCUUCCGCUCCGGCUCCGGCUUUCUUCGCUCCGGCUUCGGCUUUGGCAACUUCCGCUCGUCAAAGCUGCUGUGCAUCGUCUCUACCUCGAUCGUGGUGCUCGGCCUGAGCUGCUCGGCCUUUGCUUCGAAAUCUGGCGGCGUCUCCGAGCUCCUCCACUGCGUGGUCGUGCCCGACGCGACCGCGGUCCCGGCCAGCGCCACAAAGGUCGGCGCCACCGCUCACGGAUCCUACCGACGACCGGUCCGGAUCUCUGACGCCAAUGACCGCACGCCCAGCGACAACGAAGUCACCGUUGACCUCACGCUGAAGGAGGUGCUGCUCUCCAUCGCGGCUCCCUCGGGAGGGAUGCUCGUGGAGCAGUACACCCGCAAAUACUUCAACGGCACGCCCGACCAGGUGCCGGACGACUGCUCAGCGGAGGAUGAAUGUACGCUGGUCGGCCCCACCCUCGUCGUGAAGCCUGGGCAGAAAAUCGUGCUUACGCUUUACAACGAGCUCCCGAGUCGGAUUUUCCUGGAUGGCCUCGACGGCAAGCAGACCGGAGUCGCCGACACGUCGAAGGUGGAGAACUCGAUGCACGACAUCAGUGUCACUGCUAUGCACACGCACGGCCUGCACGUCUCCUCAGCACCUCCUGGCGACAGCAUCUUCACCGCGGUGAAGCCUCAAGCAAACAACACGUUCGUGUACGACAUCCCUGCAAACCACAUGGGUGGCACCUUUUGCUACCUUCCCCCUUCGAUCGCCGAGCUCACUGGGGAAUACGAGAUGGAGUUCGCAAUGGUGUCACUCGACUUCCCCUCCAUGCGGAGCCAGGCGCAGCAGUACGAGCAGAAUUGCAAGUGCGUGAAGGGCAACUGUAAGAAGUGUGGCCUUUUACGCCGGCCCUCUUGCGAGCUAUCAUGCCAUGCGAAUCUUGCCGCCCCCAGCCUCGGGGCUGCCGCGCUUCUUCCGCAGGACCCGAACUCGAAGAUUUGCCCUCUAAACUCGGAAUUCUGUAACCAAGGCUGGUACUACAACCCUAUCGACCAAGGCUGGCACUACAACCGCAUCGGCCAAGGCUGGCGCUACAAUUUCCUCGAAGGCCGUGAGGUGAGCUCAAAGCACGCCACGUGCCUCAACCACCCGCUCGCCAAGACCUGCCAGGACGGCCAGGGCGGCAAAGGGAACGUCGACGCCGCAGACAAUGGAGCGCCUCAAGAUGGACUCGGCGUGUGGGCACCAGGACCAACAGACGCAAACAAUGAGUGGACCAAGAGAAAGGCGAAGCAGAGCCUCGUGCUCAUCAACGGCGACCUCAAACCCGACUUUGAAAUCGUCGCCAACGUGUGGUAUCGCUGGCGGCUGCUGUUCGCCGCCGUCGAGAAGGUGCUGGAAUUUGGAUUCUGCCAUUGGAAUAAGGAUUCUGUCACUGGAAUUUGGACUGCCCCGCCAAUGGAUUGUCUUGUCAAGAAUCGGACGUGGGACGACAAACAGCAGUGCAAGCUCUUCCUGCUGUCCAAGGAUGGGAUAAUCUUGAAUGAAGCACCAAGGAAGAUCGAGCAGGGACUCAUGGCUCCGGGCAGCCGGGCUGAUGUUCUUGUGAAUUGUCCCGAGGGGAAACACCAGUUCACUACUUUUGGCUUCACCCCCUUUCCCGUCAACCUUAUCGACCGACUUACGCACGGCGCCCACAGCACGGUAAACCAGUCACUUAUGACACUCCAUGCAAAGGCAGAACGCAAUGUGACCAAAUGCAAUCUCCCCACGUUCAAGGUUGCACGCCCGUGCUACCUCGUCGACUUGCAGAACGUCGACUUGCAGAAGGAGUCCGCCUUCAGCGAGCGUGACCACACGAGUAUUGACCUGACACUCGGCUCUCCCCCCAUUUUUGCCCCUCCGUGGUAUUCUUCGCCACGGGGGAAGAAGCUGACUUUUGAGGGUCAGAGCAAGGCCGACGCCACCCCGCCUGUUGGACAGCCAAUCGAGAUCAAACUCUCUGGCAUCGGCAUCCAUCCCUUUCAUCUUCACAUCAAUCCGUUUCAGCUGCAAGGCGACCCAAUGGAUCCAGAAGGCCUCACUCGGCUUCUCAAGUUCUUUGGGCAGAAGGACUAUCGGAACCUCUUCAAACACGUUCAAAGGCGGUUCGGAGCAUACUUCAAGGCGGGAGACUGGCAGGAUACUCUCCUGCUCCCCCUUCGCGACAAGCUCGACGUGCGCUCCGUGACGGAUUUCUUCAACGGCACCCAGAUUUGGCAUUGUCACAUUCUCAGCCAUGAGGACCAAGGCAUGAUGGGCGUUCUGAAUAUCACGGGCGAAGAGGGGACGACAUGGCCAGGCGCGAAGGACGUAGACCCGUUCUGCUACGAGGCCGGCGAGACGGCAGGCCCGCCCAAUAUCACCGGAUCCAUUGAUCCGUGUGGCCCGCCUCCGUCCCUUUUCUUUGCCUCCGUCGGAGAGGAAAAUGGAGGCGGAGACCCGGCGCCCGCACCUACGCCAAUUUGCUCUCGGCUCCCCCGGUGGACUACCCCCGACACCGACUUCAUCUCGGAGCAGGAGCUCACAACGCUACUUGAAGUGAUUGACGACGACGUCAGCCUGAGGGCGGCGCUUCUUCCUGAAGGCCAAUGGCAGACCUGUUCAUUGCAGGAUCUCGAAACGCUGCCGGGAUUCGCCACACACGGGGGUCUCAGCAUCUACGGCUCCGUGGCGCUCGACCUCGUGGACACCGACAGCAACCGUGCGAUCAGCCACGGCGAGCUCAUGGCCGCCACAGCGGAGUGCCCAGGUAAGGACGCCGGCUUCGCAACGUGCGUCUCGCAGCUCAUGCUCUCGAAGCCCGCUUGCAUCCUCGAGUGUGUGCGCGGACUUCUCAGCUGCCUCUGCGACGCCGUCCAGACCCCGCACUUCCCAAGCGUCCACCCGCCCGAGAUCCGACGCAGCGGCUGCAUUGCCGCCUGCCCGCCCGGCUGCGAGCCGGGCCCCCACGGGUCGACCUGCACUCCAAGCAUGCAACGCGAGCUCCUGUUUGCCCCCAUUGGGUGCCCGGCGGGCUGCGUGCCCGCGACGCGCAUGUAA